AUGGAGGCCGUGAGCGCGCUGCUGGCCGGCUGCCCCGCGGGCGGCCUGGCCGGCGGCCUCGGGGUCACCGUGUGCGCCGCCUUCGGCGUGCUGCUCUACAGGAUCGCGCGCAGGAAAAAGCCGACACACACAACUGUUAACUGCUGGUUCUGUAAUCAGGACACCGUGGUGCCCUACGGGAACCGGAACUGCUGGGACUGCCCCAACUGUGAACAGUACAAUGGCUUCCAGGAGAACGGUGACUACAACAAGCCCAUCCCUGCCCAGUACCUGGAGCACCUGAACCAUGUGGUGACCAGUGCCGCGCCCUUCUGUGACAGCCCCCAGCCCCAGCAAUGGGUCAGCAGCCAGGUCCUGCUGUGUAAGAAAUGUAACAACCAUCAGACGACCAAGAUCAAGCAGCUGGCAUCCUUCGCCCCCCGGGAGGAGGGUAAAUAUGAUGAGGAGAUUGAAGUCUACAGACACCAUCUGGAGCAGAUGUACAAGCUGUGCCGGCCCUGCCAGGCAGCUGUGGAGUACUACAUCAAACACCAGAACCGGCAGCUGCGGGCUCUGCUGCUCAGCCACCAGUUUAGGCGGCGCGAGACAGACAAGACCUACGUGCAGAGCUUCUGUUCUUCACCAGUGACUGCUCCAGCCCAGGUCAUCCUCCUUCGCUUCCUGGCCUUCCUGAUCUGCAGCUUCCUGCUUGUCACUGCCCUGUCCGGCUCUGGCCAUCCCUUCUCCCCAGCUGCCUCCUGGACCCCUGCUCUGCUGGCGGGGGGAAACGUCUCUUCCCCGGGGACCUCGGCCUCAUCCAACACCACUGCUGAUGCGGGGGCCCUGGGCUGGCAGCAGCUGCUCCACCUGCUUCCCGAGCAUGUGUUGGAGAAGCUUUGUGAGGCCUGGGACUUGGGCCAGAGCCACCAGGUGGUGGUGGUGGCGUUGGGCCUCCUCGCCUGCCUUCUGGCCAUGCUGCUGGCUGGACGCAUCAGACUCCGGAGGAUCGACGCCUUUUCCUCCUUCCUGUGGUUUCUGGUCCUGGGGCUGCACCUGGUGGAACGCUACUUAGAGAUGGACCCCCCCAGCUGGCUCGACACGCUCAAGUUCAGCGCCACAUCCCUGUGCUGCCUGGUGGGCCUCACUGCAGCUGUGGCUACACGGAAAGCAACGGGCCAGCGGAGAUACCGGCCCCGAAGGUAUCUCUCAGGAGACUCCAAUGCCUACUUCCCUGGCAGCAAUGGACUGGCCUUCCCAUACCCUCCAGUGUCACCGACUCUGUUCGUCCCAGCCCCGCCCACCUUCUUCCACCUGACCAACCAGCAGCUGUUCAGGUCUCCACGACGGACAUCCUCUUCCUCCCUUCCAGGACGACUCAACAGGGCCCUCUCUCUGGGGACCAUUCCUUCCCUGACCCGAGCAGAUUCAGGAUAUCUUUUUAGUGGGAGCCGCCCACCAUCUCAGGGAUCUCAGUCCAAGGAGGCGCCUCUGUCAGAUUACUUCACUCUGCUGUCUGGGAGCUGUGCGUCAUCCCCUCUUCCUUCUCCGGCUCCCUCCAUAGCAGGAUCUGUGGGCUCCAGCUCUGGUUCCCUUCGCCUCCGACGGCCGCUCAUCAGCCCAGCCCGCCUCAACUUGAAGGGGCAGAAGCUUCUGCUUUUCCCAUCCCCCGGAGAGACCCCCCACAGCCCCAGCAGCUCCAAUGAGCCCAGCCUUGCUGAUGGCGGUCCGCUCAACCAAGAGUUCUCUCGAUUCCCUAGCAAGAGGCAGCCUGCACAGGGCCUCCAGCCCAUGCGUGACUUGCGGUCCCACAUCGAGAGCGGCAGCAUCUGCAGUGACCACUCCGUCAAAAAAGAGGAUGGCUCAUCACGCUCGUCGGCCUGUGUGGUGGACACCACUACCAAAGGGUGCCUGGAGGAGGCCGUGGGCUGGAAAGCUCGUUUUGGCAACUCUGUGGUGCAAGGCCUCCUGGCCGUGAGCCUGGCGGCCAACGCUCUCUUCACGUCCGCCUACCUGUACCAGAGCCUGCGCUGAGCCCACGGCCCCGCUCCAGGCCUCCAGAGGGGCGCGGGGGUCUGCAGCCCCCAAACUCUGUGACACAUGUUGCUGUGGAUCCUGCUGGCCCCUCUUCUCCCUUCUCCCCCGUGGGCCUUGCUUGCCUCUGCAACUGAAUGCUAAUUGCUCCCCCCACCACCAGAGACAGCGCCAGUGGUGAGGACCUCAACAGGGUGGCAACCCGCUCUCCAGGAAACCACCUUUGAGCCUGCCCCCUCCCCUGCUGACAUCUCUGGCUCUUUUCCCUCGAAUCCCUAUGGCUUUCGUAUGGUGUGUUCAGCAUUGGAAGCUGCUGCUGAGGAGAGAGCACAAGCUGUCUCAAAGUGGGGGGGCUGGCCAGCUCUCAGCACGAAUCGGGCCCUGGGUCCCCCUUCCUCCCUUCUCUUUUCCGGACAAGGUGGCUGCUUUGCCCAGGUGCUCAGAUGCUUAGGUUCCGAGUGGUCUUCUGGGUCUGCCUGAGGGCUCUCUCUGGUUUCCUUCCUCAAGCUGCUUGGCCUUGUGGUGUGGUGGUGUCUGGAGCCUGGGACCCUAGAAUACCCUGUCCAGAGGGGCCACCACAACUGGGAUGCUAGUCUGUAGCAGGGAGUGAGUGGAGGCCUGCCCUGGCCUGAUGGGGACUCGAAUCACCACCAGCCACACUGUGGUGCUGGCCUGUCCUUCAGGGACAGCUUUCCCAAGGACAGGCUGGCUCACUUGGGGCUUGGUUCGGGAGUGAGAAGACAGGCCCUUCCUGAGGUCUCAGGUGAGCCCGCUUUGUGCUUAUUGGGACUUGAAAGCACGUGGAUGUGCCUGUGUGUGCGUGCGUGCAUGCCUGUGUGUGUUUCCUUCUGGAACCAGAAAAGUUCAUGAAUUUUAGGCCCCUUGGGUGGGAAGCUUAUCAUCUUAAGAACAAACAUCCUCUGCCAUCAACCUGUAGCAAGCAGACCCUGUUUCCUCUGUCUCCUGCUGGGGCAAUGAAAUCUGCUUUAUGCCAAGGAAACACCUUCCUCUUUCCACCAGGACGUGGGGCUUCUGCUCCCACUCCCUCUCCCUCAUCCCUUAGGGGAUGGCCCGAGCAACCAAACAGCACCCGUAAAAAUUGUGCAUCUUGUCCCAGCUCACACUCUGGCUCCAACCCCAUCCCUGACGAGUCCUGUUCAGCAGUCAGACUGCCUCCCUCUGCCCUCUCCUGUGUAGGUCCCUCUGCUCGGGGUCCUUGACCCAGCUCUCUUCAUGUGGCCACUUUUUUUUUUUUUUCAUUUUUUUCUUAGCCUAUGGAGAGAGGGGCAUUUAGGGAUGUGAGCUAAGAUCCAGCGUCCUCUCUCGAACCCUGAUUUUUCCCAGGCCAGCUCCUCUCUUUCUCCCCACCCACUGCCAGUGGGGGGCUUCACUGUGAAACCUCUCCCCCAAAUGACCUACCCUGUUCAAAGUCGAUGGAUGGUGCUACCUCCAGCCUUCUGUGCUCACCUUGGAGCCACCAUCUGUAUUCAUGCAGGCUCUCAUUCCAGCCUCCCUCCCUCCCCUUUCCUCUGCUGUACCUGCCUCUGUUUUCACCUCCCAUUUCAUGUUUUCUUCUGGUGACUAGUGGCAUGGUGGUUUUAUCCAUCUGUACUUUUUUCUCCUUUCUUUUCUGACCUUCCCAUGCCACAUCCUCCCGUGAGUUUGAGAGUGAUUCCAAGAGGGGGAAAGUAGCCUUUUGAUAUCUGGUGCUUGAACUGUCUGUGCUUGACGGAUGAGGUGUGGCUCACGUCCGUAUCUGUGUUCAUGUUUGUGAUCUGAGCCAAACUGUUGGUCUCGUCAUCAUUGGCUUGAGUUGAGAUUAGGAUGUAUUUUGUGUGUGUGUGUGUGUGUGUGUCCCAUAACUACGGCGUUUAUGCUCAUGGGAUAGAUGUCUCUGUCUCAUAGAAGGAAGCCCCUGAACGUGAAUGAAUUCUUGGCAGGAAUAGAGGGGCCAGGGAGAGAACAUUGGGUCUUCAGAAGGCUGUCAAGCUUUACACAUAGUUGUAUUCAAGGAGUUUGUUUUAUUUUUCUAAAAAAAACAAAACAAAACUCUUUUUUUAACCAAUCAGGUGUUUGGGGAAAAGUAAACUGUCUUAGAAUCUUUUGUCCUAGGAGACUUUAGGUUUCUUAAUCUAGAAAGUUUUUUGUUACUAUUUUUUAGCAAGUGUUUGAGGAAGGGAUGGUGACUGGGAGUCAGCUGAGGCCUAAGUGAAUUUGUCCUUCUCCCGUCCUCUGCCCUCCCUAAUUUGGGAUCUGUGAAGCUGCUUCCUGCCCUCCAGGGGUUCUUGGGCCUCCGGAUCUCUUGGGGAGAUGGAAUUCUAAAGACUGAGGGUUCGUAUAUCUGCUUUUCUACAACCUUAACUUGGGGACUGAGAAGCAGCCUCUGAGUUAGGAAGACUUGGGUUGAAGUCCUGCUACUGACAUAGACUGGUGGUAUGACCCUCGGCAAGUCACUUGACCCCUAUCAACUCUCUAAGACUAAGUUUCAGAGGAAUUGAUCUCCGAGGAGGGGAGAGGGGGUGUCACUGAUCUGGACCUAAACCCACGCUUUCCGAAGGAAGCAGCUGUUGACUAGUGGUUGAUGUCACCUAGUCCUAACUAAUCAGAACUUAAAGGAUAGGCGGUAUUUUUUUUUCCAAUUUUAAUAAAUUAGCCCAAACAGUGA